CGUUUUUCUCCAGAGAUCAUCAUCUUGACAUUCCGAAUAUCUUUGCACUCUCGGUGACGCCCACUCCGUUCCGAGCAUGCGCAGUGAGUCCGGAGUGUCGGCGAGAGAAGGAACCAUGGCGUCCUCGGCUGCCCGGUGCUCCUCACGCUGGAUUACAGUCUUCGUGUCCUCUGGACGACGCAGGUCCGCCGGUGCUGUUGUCUGCGCUGGCAAUGGAGGGGUCCGCAGUGUAUCUACCCUGGGGGCAGAAAAGCUGUGGAGGGGAGGCAACCUGACGUGUGGCGGAGCGGGGAAAGCAUUGACAUUGAGAGGGCUGCCAGGUCUUAAAUCGCCACAUGCUGCCUGCACACUGUCCUUCCACACAAGUGCCACUGCUCGUAGCAAGCAGGACUUCUACCAGAUCCUGGGCGUUCCUCGCGCAGCAACCCAGAAAGAGAUCAAGAAAGCCUACUACCAGAUGGCCAAAAAGUAUCACCCUGACACCAACAAAGAAGACCCACAAGCCAAGGAAAAAUUUGCUCAGCUGGCUGAAGCUUACGAGGUCCUGAGUGAUGAAGGAAAGAGGAAGCAGUACGACACGUAUGGCUCCACAGGUUUUGACGCUGGUCAGGCUGGCGGAGGGCAGCGGUCCUGGUCUGGACAGUCCAGCAACGUGGACCCAGAGGAGCUCUUCCGCAAGAUCUUUGGGGAGUUCCCCGGAGGCCGUGGCUUCGGAGACUUCAAUGCCAUAUUUGAACAGCCACAGGAGUACUACAUGGAGCUGACCUUCACUCAGGCAGCGAAGGGAGUCAAUAAAGAGUUUUCAGUUAACAUAGAAGCAGCCUGCGAGCACUGUGAUGGUAAGGGCCAUGAGCCAGGCACCAAAGUCCAGCACUGCAACUCCUGCAACGGCUCCGGCAUGGAGACCGUGACCACGGGCCCGUUUGUGAUGCGCUCCACAUGUCGGCGCUGUGGUGGCAAAGGCACGGUCAUUUCCACUCCCUGUCGCUCCUGUCGUGGGGCGGGCCAGACCAAGCAGAAGAAGACUGUGACGGUUCCUGUGCCUGCAGGAGUGGAGGAUGGUCAGGCAGUCAGAAUGCCAGUUGGCAAGAAGGAGGUCUUCAUCACUUUUAGGGUCCAAAAAAGUCCUGUGUUCAGGAGGGAAGGUGCAGACAUCCACUCCGACCUCUUUGUCUCUGUGGCACAAGCGAUCCUGGGCGGCACGGCCAAAUCACAGGGCCUUUAUGAAACACUUAACUUAUCUAUACCUGCUGGCAUCCAGACAGACCAGAGGAUUCGUCUGUCCGGGAAGGGAAUCGCUCGUAUCAGUGGUUAUGGCUACGGAGACCAUUAUGUCCAUGUCAAAAUAAAAGUACCCAAGAUACUGACAGACAGACAAAAAGCUCUGCUAACGAGCUACGCUGAAGACGAGGCGGAAGUAGAGGGGACGGUUAACGGUGUCACCACCACCACCACGGGUGGGGGCAGCAGUGGUAAGCGGUCUGAAACAGGGCCAAGCGAGCAUGACAAGAAGGAAGGAGAGUUGGAACAAGAGGGGGGCAUCUUCUCCAAAUUAAAGAAAUUGUUUAGUUCUUCCUGACAGCCACAAACCAGGUAAAAGGUCCACCGGGAACUGAGAAGCUUCAUCAGUAGCUCAGAGGGCAGAAGGGAGGACGGGGUAAGGCAAGCACAGCCACAUCAUAAAGGAAUAGGUGGUUGAGGAGUGUUUGGUGUUGGAUGAGGCCUGCAUAGGUCGAGGACGGACCAGCUCUGCAGUGAAAAACACGGAGGAUCACCUCACCUGCUCCGUUCCUUUGCCAAAGUGAAUCCACACACAAGAGGAUGUUCCAGUGCACCAUUCACCUCUACAGUCAGACAUCCGAUGUGGACAUUUGGGUUGCGCAGACUUAUCAUAGCAUGUCUGUUUUCUGUUGAUCCCCUUUUAAAAAAAACAAA